AUGCCCACGCGACCACCAGGCAAUCGAAGGAACCAACCACCUUCAGGCUCGCAAGAUCAAUCAUCUGCUUCAAAAGGCCGGUUUCCCAUUCUCACCACUACUGUACGCCAACGCAGGAUAGCUGAAUAUCAGUCUCAAGCAGCCAACAAGCGGCCCAGCAACAAACGAGCACACCUCGAUGAUGCAGAAUAUACCAACGACCACAAUGAAGAAGAAGAAACUGAACCCGAACUAGGCCAACAAGCAACCACUGAGACCACUGAGACCACUGAGAUCACCCCAAACAGGACCAAUUAUCACGACCUAGGACUGGAAUGGGGUCACGCACGAGCCAAGAAAUACCUCACAAGCCUCAAAGUCCCCAAAAAAACUGGCCCUCAGGCCCUUCAAUCGCAAUACGAGCUAGACAAAACAAUGCUCUGUAUUGCUUUGAAGGUCAGCAGGAGAGUCCUUGACGAAGGUCUAUUAGAAGGACCGGUCGCACGUGAACCCAAUAUGUACAACAAUUAUCAAACUUACAGUAUUGUUGCGACCUUGACUCCAAUGCCACAGAAAGGUGUCUCUGAGGGCUUUCGCCAACGCAACCAAAUUGUAGGUUUGAUGUGGUCAACAUACACUGAGUCCCAACAAGAGGUCUUCACACCACGGCUCUUUGAACACCUCUGUGUGGCCACAAGCAAGGCCUAUGCACUCACUCAAACGCUGCUGGGGAUUUCUCCAUCUCUUGCUAUUCAAGAACCUUCUAAAGAUAUCCCGAAGUCUGGACUUGAACCGUUAACCCAGCAAGAACUCAAAAUCCAUGUACCGGUCUUCAAAGGGUUGGUCAAUGUACAGAAAGUUGCCCGCGACCUCCACCAGGGAAGACUCUGGAGACACAGUGGCAACUCAACCAACCGUUCAUCCGAGCAACUAAUGAAGCACAAAAUUGACAAGGUUGUCCGUCAGCUUAACGUUUUGAAUAAUCAUUUUAACUUACAAUUCCACCUAUUGCUCGCAUGUUGGAACCCGGAUACCUCCACUGCCCGAGCCUUAUUCCAGGUGGAGUAUACGUCGUGUCCAAGAUGGGCUCGGAUGCAAGAGAAAAAACACCUUCUUGAGUUUUUCACCUUUGAAUCCACCAAGGCCCCAUCACAUCUCCGUGCGCAAAGUCAGACCCCCAAGCCUCAAUCAGAAUCCGCCGCCCAACAAGCCAAAAAAAGAGCCGAGCUAGCCAAGGCCCUCAACAAUUUAAUAGUCCCCUACCUUCGAGGGGGUUACCAGGGGAAAGGUGAUGCCCACCCCAAGUGUUCAAACCUGACUGAAACUUUUCAAAAGAAGGUCUUCCGAGGAGACAUUGCUCUCAAUUUUCAUCGAACCUCUGACAGCAAGGUCACUGACCUAAUGAUAUCCAAGGGGCCCAGCUGUCUUACAAACAAUGAAGUCGAUGCCUGGCUGAACGAUACCAAAUCAAAUGAUUACACUAUUGUCAAGUCGGACAAGACACCAGAGAAGACCAAAAAGAACGUGAAGACCAAGAAACAUGGCAAUAGACACGCAUUGACUGCUGAAGAAGCUGCCCUAGACAAUGAGGCAAUAUCCGAAUCCUCAAAAUGCCACCCAACACUUGACCCAACUCUGCAAUUGGCUGAUGCGCAAAAUCAGGAGGAGAUUACAGAGCAGAAUUAG